AUGUAUUCCUUGAUUUGUUUUCUUUGCAGUUGGGUUGUCUUAUUCCAACCAGUGGCUCAAGCCAUCUGGAACCCGAUCAUUAGUGGGUGGAAUCCAGAUCCUGCGAUCCUGACCGUAGGCGACGAUUACUACAUCGCCACUUCCUCUUUCGAGUACUGGCCAGGUAUUCCGAUCUACCAUAGCAAGGAUCUAUCCAAUUGGACGCUCAAGUCUCAUGCUUUGACACGACCAGAGCAACUGCAACUUUAUGGGACGCCCACUGGAGCAGGGGCCUGGGCGCCAAGUCUCUCUUUUAUCGACGGAAGGUUCUGGCUUUCAGCGAUGACACGUUGGACCUAUGAUCCCGUGGCCCGUGUAUGGCCUCGAGUCUGGUUCAUCUCUUCAGAGGACCUCUUCAACUGGUCUGAUCCUGUCUGGGCCGAGCCAUGGGGCAUCGAUCCUGAGCUGUUCCAGGAUCCUGUGACCAAGAAGACCUAUCUCAAUCUGAUGGCCCCUAACAACAAUAAAGAUCGACUCUGGGGUAUCGCCCAGUGUGAGGUGUCUCUGACAUCUGGAAAUUGCGUAGGGCCUUAUGUUAGUCUAUGGAACGGGACUUUGCCUCACAAUUCGACAGCCAGACCCGAAGGACCCAAGAUGUAUUACAAGGAUGGGUGGUAUUAUCUCCUGAUCGCUGAAGGCGGUACGGAUCAGCUGCAUCGAUCGACCAUCGCAAGAAGCAAGACCCCGUCUGGUCCAUUUUUCGCCGGGCCACACAACCCUCUGCUAUACAAUGGGCAAUGGGGUUUUGACAAUCUUACCGUCCAGUCCACUGGACAUGCCACCCUAACAAAGACGAAUGACGGACUAUGGUAUGCGACGUUUUUAGCUCGCCGCAACGUCAACGGAUCAUCUCCUCUUGGCCGAGAGACAUUCAUGAUUAAUGUUGACUGGAAGGAUGAGUGGCCAGUCUUCAACCAAGGCGAUCCUGUUCUGCUAAGUAGGCAAAUAAAGCCAGAGGUUGGCCCAAGACAGGUUCCUCGACAAUGGGUCGACGACUUUUCUCGCGCUAAACUCGACUCAUCAUGGUAUCAACUCCGGGUACCGUAUACCAAGAAUUACAAGUUAGAGAAAGGGAAAUUGGUGCUGAAACCCAAUGUCUUCGGUCUCAGUGACCGUGAUACCCCAGCAGCGUUGCUACGCAAGCAGAAGUCGCUCAACAUGACGUUUUCAGCCGAGCUCUCCAGCUUCAAGGGAGAUCUAGGUCCAAGAAACAAGAUCGGAAUCUCUUCAUACCUCUCCGAGUUUCAGCAUCAAGAUAUCGGUAUUCGAGGAUGUGUUAAUGCUACCAGUAUUUGUCUCUAUACUGAACUCAACAAGAAUGGCACCCAGGAGUAUUGGCAAACUCCACUCAACCAAACGAGCGGCCUGGCUCGUGGUCUUAGGCUACACAUCAAGGCUGAACCCCUUGAAUACCAACUAGGUUAUAGUUUCGGAAAAGAAGCCCCAGUAUACGUAGGGUCAAUCGCGUCAUCCUGGCAAGCUUUUGCUCCACCAAAUUGGUUUGUGUUUUCUGGCGCAUCUUGGGCGAUAUUUGCAACCGGAGAUGGAGAGCCCUGGCCUCACAAUGGACCGCAAGUUGGAUUCAACGAGGUCAGGGAGACUUUUCACGAGGAGAACAUUCCUGAUUACGAUCGAUGGUAG